CGAGUACUCCGUAUUUAAUUUGCAAAUUGCAAUGCUGUACUCGUCCAACCCAUUCCUUUCUGUGUCAUUUUUGGUUUUCUUAUUCCUAAUCAUACUGCUCGUUUUUGGAUGCGCCUUUUACCUCUUCCUUGUCGAUUUCCCGCGUGUGAGUGGAGCAGGACAUUGUUUUUUAUUUGUAGGAAUAUAGUAAUACUGGUGCCCAUAUUCAGUGCCCUUCUUACUGACCGUACCUUUAGAAGCAUGAAACAGAACAGAAUCAAGGACAGGCAACGAGAAAGCCCUGAAUUCUCGGUGGACAAUGUGGUCAUCGAAAACAUUGACGUCACCGCCGGCAACACCCUCUCCUCCACCUUAAGCUUCACCCUCCACGUCAACAACCGCUACAAAAGCCGCGGCAUUUACUGCGCCGCCGCCGAAGCCAAACUCUCUUUCCAUUACUACAGGGACGGGUCCGGCAGCGCCUCUCUCAUUCGUCCGCCUAGAUGGCGGUAUUAUCUCGAUAGUGGGACGCUUGCGUACGCCGCCAUGAGCGCCGCCCCGGUCAACCUGCCGCCGGGAAACAACGUCCCGACUAGCAUCCCCUUCUCUCCCAAGUCAACGAAUGUGACGCUUCCCGACGACCAAGCCUCGCUCUUGAUUGAAUAUAAGAAGAACUUGGAUAGGUUCGAUGCGUUCUUGACUGUGAGAGCUCUGGUUAAGAAUGGCAUCUCUGACGCCCGUUCUCGCUUGAUUGAGGUCAACUGCUGGUCUAUGACUCUCACGCCCAAUUCUACACACGUGUUCACCUGUAGUUGAAGGUUGAAACGUGGAAACUGAAGUGCAUCCUAUAUAUAUACCUACUUGUUCAAAUGCUUUAUGGCUGGCUCUAUGUAUGGACAUGACAUGGAGUAUUAGUUACUAGUUAAUACUCACAUCAACAAGGGCAAUGAAGUCAUGAAGAAAUGAUCUACUUAUAAUUAGCUUUUAUACUUGGCCAAAUAUUUGGGUUGUUGAUCUCCUUUGUAUCAUGCAUGCACGAUAGUUUUUUAUUAGUGAUACUCCGUAUUAGUUAUUAUAAUUAAUAUUCUCUUGUGUAUUGCAUUAUAUUAUGCCCAUAUCUCCAAUGUUUAAGCUUCCUUUCUUAAUACCACAGAUGUAACGUAACUGAGGGUGGCAUUAUGGCAAUGGCUUCUUCAGUUCUGA